UGUGCCUGCAUUUGAGUAAUAGGAGGAGGAGUGAGGGAGUACACUAAGAAACAGAACAUGCCCUGACUCAUGUUUCACAGUAGAAAAGAGGAGAAACAAAAAGAGACUGGAUGAGCGCCCUUCUGUGGCGACACCAAAUCUUUUUUAUGGAGCCAGUCAGACUGGAGAAUGAAGAUCUCUGCAGGGUUAACAGUUUUCCUGACUAGUGUUUUCUUCAUAGAUGAUUGCACAGCCAUUAAUGCCACGGUCACACCGUCUCCAUUCUGGGUGGCAGUUGAAGGUGAGAACGUCACACUGUCAUGUAAAGUGAACCAGUGGCACAAAUCAGACACUGCUCUUGUGCUACGCUGGAUUUUCCAUCCCCUGUCUGGAGGAGACGAGCAGCUCCUUGCCAAAGUCAAUAUGAGAAGGGCAAAAUUCUAUGGAAACUACACCAAGAGCUUCCCCAAACCCAAGAUUAAGUUAAUAGUUGUGAAGCAGGGCAAGAUCUACAACCUCUUGAUCAUCAACAUUACCAGAGAUGACAUAGGCUUGUACAGCUGCAGGGUGCAGGAGUUUAAGAAGCAUAGGGAGAGAUGGAAAUCGUCUGCCAACUCCACAGCAGCUACAGAACUUAAAGUGUCCACCAAUGCCAAGGGCGGGCUUUGGAGCCUGUUUGAAGAUGUGUAUCUUUGUGCGGUGCUGAUAUGUUGUGUGGGGCUCUUGUGCAUGUUUAUGUUUACCAUGGCUGUAGGCUGCCAGUAUCUGCAAAAGAAGAGGCACUUAAAAGAAAGUUACCAUUUGGUGAAAAGUCCCCAAAACAGCUCUGGAGAAACAGUCACAAGUGUAGUUAGCCUCUCUCCGGCUCUUCCCAAGAAGCAAAAGAACUACAAGACGAAGAGAAAAGUACAACAGGUGGAGGAUCCACCAGAAAUCCCAGCUAAAGCACCCAUUGCUGACAGACUGAGAAAGCCAAAACUUUUAAAACCUCACACACGAAAGUUAAUUCUGCCAAAGAUUACAGAGGAGAGUUUAACUUAUGCAGAACUUGAACUGGUUAAACCUCUUCCAGAUGCUAAAACUUCCAAGACAGGAACUGUGUAUGCCCAAAUCCUUUUUGAAGACCAAAUGGUGUAAUGAAAUCAGUUUACUUUUUUUAUUGAUUAUUUAUAAUGCUCAAUAUUAUUAACAAUGUCUAGUAACAUUUUGCUAUAUGUAAAAUAUAUAACAACAUUGACUUUAUUUAAUUAUUUGUAUGUAUUUGUGUUUUAUUGGAAAAACCCUGCAUAUAGACUGCCACACAAGACCCCGGACAUACUGACACAGAUAGUGCUUAAGAACAUUCUGUGUUUUGUAUGACACAUCUCUCAGCUGUAUAAACAGCCAUUUUAACCAUCGUCUCCCAUGUAACUACUCCUGUUAUCAGAGGAUCCCCUUUCAUCUGCCUGCCAAGUUUAAAUUCCAUGCACAAAUUAGUGAUCCAUGGUAGACCUUGAUUGUUAGUUGGAGCUGGAGAACCAGACAUGAGCAAAAUACUGAAAAAUUAAGUGUGCUUUAAUGACUGUAUGCUACAUUAUGUAUCUUUAUCUCUUUAGUGCAUGUUCAACUAAUGAUCAAAAUACUGACUGAAAUAAUAAUAAUCAACAAAGCUGUAGACACGACCCCAGCACAAUGGAAGGCUAUUCUUUAAUACCCUUCUUUUCUGAGCGUAUAAUAGUAUUGUAAUACAACUUGAUGAGUGUGGUGAGUGUGAGUAGAAAAGAUUUGGCCUAUUGCACAGCAUUAUUUAAAAAACAAUCACACAAUAAAACAGAACAUUAAUAAAUACCCUUGUCAAAAACUGUUAGUCUUUAAGAUCUUAUUUGAUUUUAAGAAUAUAAUUGGAACUAUAACUGUAUUUUAUUGGGAAUAAUGUUGUUACAUUAAAUUACAGAGAAUGCUUUGCAAUUUUUUUUAUCCUGAAAUAUUUUAUUUUAAAUAACAGUAUUUUCUUCUAUAAGUUAGAAUAUUCUAUACUAUUACUAAUAUAUACCAUUCUGUAAACAUCUUAAAUGUAUUGUUCAUUAAUAGUUAAUAAUUCCUGCAUAGAAGUAGAUAUCUACAGGGUUUAAUGUCCUUGACCUAAAAGUUGUUUUCUCUAAAUAUGAUAUAAAUUCAAAUUAGGAUCCUGACCUUCAAGGAUCAUUUCUUUUGCAUACAUGUCUGUUCAUUGUAAAGAGUAAAUUGGUAAAUUGUAUUGAAAACCAUAAGAAUUGACAUAGGGAGUUGGACAAAUUGCACUAUUCCCAAGCAGCUUAACUGGAACUUGUCUGCAUGUUUUUCUGUUUCAUUUAUUUAUUUUUUAAUUAAGUAUAUUUUAUUACUGUUGGACUCUACUCUGGAAAAUGCUUCACUUUCCAAACCAGCAGAAAGCAACAUGAAAUCCCUCAUGUUGCACAGAAUUAUUGGAUGCUCAUGAUUAACUCCUUCCGUACUUAGAUUGUAAGAAAUCCUUCUCUGGGAAAGUUUUUUAACUGUGAAAACUCGGACACUCCUCCAAACCACAGUGAGUGUAAUAGGAGAGCACUGUGUGCACCACUAAUAAGUUCCAUCUGUGAAUACAGCUCAACAAGGCCAUCCUCAGCUCACACAAGCAGAACAUCCAUUUCUUCUUUUCCAGCCUUACACUUACAUAAUCAUACUGCAAAAGCUUUAUUAAAGAAGAAGAAAUGUGCAAUUUGUGUUUAGAUGAUUGUGUUAUGUUAACCAUGUUCACUUGAUUAUUGUAUACCUUAUAUGUAUUGUUUCUUAUUUUUAUUGUUUUUUCUUAAAUAAAAUAUGAAAAAUUUACAAAUA